AUGUCGUCAUACUGGGAGGAGGAUAGUGUAGAGGAUGACCCCACAGAAAAUCUUGCGAUGGAUCCAUUUACGAGUUUGAAAUGGAAAACGAAAGCCAUUGACAAAAUCAAGCGUUUUGUGAAAGGAACAACAAUAGCGACGAGAUUGGAGAAGGCAGAGAAGGCUACAAUGACGUUAGAGAAGCAAACUAUGCAAACCAACGAUUACGUCAGAGAACACUUUUAUAUGCGCAAAAAGCAUAGAAACACCAAAGCUGACGAUUGGCAAUCAGAUGCUUUGUACCGAUUCAUUAUCGCUGUCACGAAGAGAAGAGCUGAAGCAAAGCCCGUUUACGAUGAAGAACACGAUGGUGUUGGCAAUGCCUAUGACGACUGUGAUAUUGAAGAUGAACUAGAAAACAAAGAGAACAUUCCGCCAAACAGUGCUGGAGAUGAAAGAUGUUCUGCAGGAACUACGCUUGGAAAGGAUAUGACUAAUAUCACUUCAGCUGGCCAAGUUCAGAAAGAUGCACAUGUCGAAGAGCUUCACUUCGGAGAUAUUGAAGAUGAUGACUUACAAAAUUCCAUAGAUAUCAACUCUCUUUAUGGAGGUAACUUUACUUUUUUUUCGCUAAUAAGUAUAUAUAUAUAUAUAUAAAU